UCGCUGGUCUUGCGAUUCGCCGUCGUGUCCUUUUUAGAUCCGCGUCAGCUUUGUGGGUUCCCUUCUCAAGUUUUGACCAAAUCACACAUCGGCUGUCUGCUGGACAUCAGCGUGAAGAAGGUCUCAGGGUUUCAUCUCGAAUCAGGACAAAUUUAACAAAAUGCCUGGACCAGCAGCGAGUGCAACCAACGUCGGGGCGUCUGGCCGUUCCCCCAGCAAGACAGUGGCCCCCCGAGCAGCCGGUUCCACAGUCAGACAGAGGAAAGCCACCAGCAGCGGCACUCGCAGCGGUGGCAGGACCACCGGAUCAGCGGGCACCGGCGGCAUGUGGCGCUUCUACACCGAAGACUCACCAGGCCUCAAAGUCGGUCCGGUUCCAGUUCUGGUGAUGAGUCUUCUGUUCAUCGCUUCUGUCUUCAUGCUCCACAUCUGGGGGAAAUACACUCGUUCUUAAAGCGCCUGCUGACCUCUGACCCUCGGCUUCUUAACUCUUCGGACCGGACCAAACAGCAGCCCCGUUUCCCUUCAACGCCAUCACUACGACGACACACGAAUUGGAUUUCUGUGUCCGUUUCGACACUUAAUCUGCAUCAGACUUUUGGUAAACACCUCGUUGCUUCUUCCCGUCACUACCUGUUUUUUUUUUGUUUUUUUUUUUACAUUCGAUGGGGUGAAUCGGACAAAGUAACACCAGCUUGGAUCCAGCACAGGACCCGCCGGUGGACAUUUUUGUUUUCAGGCCGCUUAGCAAACAUUUCUCUCUUUUUUUUUUUUUUUUUUGUUAACAGCAUUUGUACAAAAUGUUAUUGUAAUAUUGUACAAUAAAAAAGUGAUAAUUAAUAAGUGUGCCGGUGUGUGUGUUUUUGAAAUUUAACCUCACUUUGUUUGAGUGAAAUAACCCUGUUUUUGUUUAUCAAGUCAUCCGAAGCUGAACGAGGCUUUUGUGUGAAAUAUUCUCGGUGACAAGUGAUGUUUUGUCACUUUUAACCUUCUGCAUCCAUUACCAGACUAUUGACAGCUGUACAUUCCUCCAAAAGUCACUUAGAAAUGUUUGUUUGAACAAAAAUUACAGCUUGGAUGGUGCUUUUAGGGAGAGCAACAGGAAUACUAAAACAGAAACCGAAAUGUUAAGUGUGAAGUUUCAGUGUGAUUGACAGAUCGAUUAAUGAUUAAACAAGUUUCUAAACUUACAA